AUGGCACAGAAGAAGUAUGUGGUUGAGAUCGAGAAGGCCAAGGAAGCAACUGAUAGGAAGCCAUCAGUGGGACCGGUUUACCGGAAUGUGUUAGCGAAAGAUGGAUUCCGGCCACCGGUGGAAGAAAUUGAGAGCUGCUGGGAUGUUUUUCGAGAAUCUGUGGAAAAUUAUCCUAAUAAUCAAAUGCUUGCCGAGCGCGAGGUCGAGAAUGGAAAGGCAGGUAAAUAUGUGUGGCUGACGUACAAGGAAGUUUAUGAUAUAGUGUUGAAAGUUGGAGCAUCCAUCCGCAGCUGUGGUGUUAAGCCCGGUGCUAAAUGUGGAAUUUAUGGUGCAAAUUGCCCGAAAUGGGUUAUAAGUAUGCAGGCCUGCAAUGCACACAGACUUCUCUGUGUUCCUCUAUAUGACACUCUUGGUGCUGGUGCGGUGAAAUUUAUCAUUUGUCAUGCAGAGAUUUCAAUUGCUUUUGCAGAUGAAACCAAAAUUUCAGAGGUAUUGAAAACAUUUCCUGAUACUCACAAGUACUUGAAAACUCUUGUGAGCUUCGGGAAGGUUACUGCUGAGCAAAGGGAGGUGGCUGAAACGUUUUCUUUGACAAUAUAUUCUUGGGAUGAAUUUUUGCUUCUUGAAACCGAUGAGCAUUUUGACCUCCCAAUAAAAAAGAAGAUUGAUCUUUGUACCAUCAUGUAUACAAGUGGAACAACUGGUGAUCCAAAGGGAGUAAUGAUUUCCAAUGCGAGCAUUCUUUCAAUUAUAUCUGGAGUAAAUCACCAUCUACAGAGCAUUAAUGAAGAGUUUACUGAGAGAGAUGUGUACAUGUCAUAUCUUCCUUUGGCGCACAUUUUUGAUCGGGUCAUUGAGGAAUUGUUCCUCUCCAAAGGUGCCUCAAUAGGAUUCUGGCAAGGGGAUGUUAAACUAUUGAUGGAUGACAUCAGAGAGCUAAAACCAACUGCAUUCUGUGCUGUUCCACGAGUGUUAGACAGGAUUUAUUCAGGUCUGGUGGAGAAGAGUUCUUCCGCCGGGUUCAUUAAGCAUACAUUGUUUAACUUUGCUUACUCCUACAAACUACGGAACAUGAUCAAAGGCUAUAAACACUCAGAGGCAGCUCCAGUAUUUGAUCAAGUUGUUUUUAAUAAGGUGAAAGAAGGUUUAGGGGGAAAUGUGCGUCUCAUUCUAUCUGGAGCAGCACCUCUUUCUACCAGUGUGGAAACCUUUUUGCGGGUUGUGACAUGUGCUCAUGUUCUACAAGGAUAUGGUUUAACAGAAACCUGUGCGGGGUCUUUUGUUGCACAACCAGAUGAACUAGCAAUGAUUGGUACAGUGGGUCCUCCAUUGCCCAAUGUGGAUGUGUGCCUAGAAUCUGUUCCUGAAAUGGGCUAUGAUGCCCUGGCAAGCACCCCCCGUGGAGAAAUAUGUAUUCGCGGGAAUUGCUUGUUCUCAGGAUACUACAAACGUGACGACCUCAGUGAAGAGGUGAUGGUUGAUGGAUGGUUCCAUACAGGAGAUAUCGGUGAGUGGCAACUGGAUGGGAGCAUGAAAAUUAUUGACCGCAAGAAAAACAUUUUCAAGCUUUCCCAAGGAGAGUAUGUUUCAGUUGAGAAUCUGGAGAGCAUUUAUUCCCUUGUUCCUAGUAUCGACGCGAUAUGGAUUUAUGGGAGCAGUUAUGAGUCGUUCCUUGUUGCUGUUGCUAACCCCAAUAAAGAAUCUCUUGAAUGCUGGACGGAAGAGAAUGGAGUGGAUGGGGAUUUUAAUGCUAUAUGUGAACAUCCUAAAGUGAAAGCAUAUAUUCUUGGAGAACUAAGCAAGAUUGGAAAAGCAAAGAAGUUGAAGGGUUUUGAGUUCAUCAAAGCUGUCCACCUUGAUCCCACACCAUUUGACAUGGACCGUGAUCUUCUCACGCCCACGUACAAGAAAAAGAGGACCCAAUUUCUCAAAUACUAUCAGCAUUUUGGUUGCCCAUGGGAUUUGGAAUGA